CCUCAUCUUUUCGUCUGUUUCUGUCCACCACAACAUAUCCAGCGCCCGCUCCUUGCAUCACACGGACUGCCCGCAGGAAACACAGAUCGCCUGGGCAGCGAGGAAGCGCGGGCCGAUCUUUGGCAUUCUUCGACGAGAUCCGGCAUUCAAUCCCAUCCGCUGCAUUGACCCACUCCAUCUUCCGCAGUGGGCAUUGAGCUGCGCAUAUCCUCAGCAACCCGAACAUAUUAGCCGAUGUUAAGCGCAUUCGCGCUUCCUCGUGGAACCAUCAAGCGUUGGGUCUCGUAACCGGUGGUGCUUUUCGAUUGGCAAGGCCCGAACCCGCGCUGACGACGGUCGACUCACUUCCUGCACAAGCACAUCACCACACCGCUGCUCCAUGCUACAUGACUUGCUUCCAGUUGUUGCGGCCCGAACAAGUAAUCAUUGGCCACGCAGGCAAGUACUGCUAUGCGGGACGACGUCGGUAUCCUCAACCGGCCGCCCGUGAUUGAGCAUCGACCAAAUGGGCUGCCACCAGCGGUCGACAAUGCACCAGCCAAAGGUUUCACUGCCGUAAAUAACGGCGAACCCCAUCCAUCGUCGUCGUUCCGACCUGACGGCCUUGGGCCCAGACCCAUCACACUUCCACCCGUGGAGCACCGAAGCCAUGCUGGUGGCGACUACAACCCGAUCACAAGCGCGUACCAGUCGCACAGCUGGAGGCCCACAGAACCACCGGCGAUGGUCCAGGCCCAAGAAGAUACACCACGCGCUUCGAUUGAAGACGUCUCAGCGAACAAACGCAAACGAGCGGACUCACCUGCGGAAGACCAUCGUGAUUCACAAAGGGGCGAGCGCGUGGUCAGAGAAGGCUCAAAGUCACCGAAGCGGCGCAUGGUCAACGGCAGCACCGAACACGAGCAAGCGUCUGAAUCUCGUCCCAGCCGCGAUGGUCAUGAGGGGCUUGAAGACCCUACUGAACAACCGCGAUUACCCACUCCAGAAGAACGAGCUGGAGUCAGCGCCCCGCCUCCUGCCCCACGCCCAGAAGUGGAAGCUGAACUGAGAGCUCAAGUGCAACAACAUUUCGCUGCCGAAGCUCAAGCGCGGCCUGAGGGGGAGUCUCCGCAAGGAGAGAAUCUGGCGCAACAGCAAUCGCAUCCUUUCUCCCCGGAUCAGCCUCUAGCCUCGGAAGAUAAGACUAAGCGGAAGAGGAACUUUAGUAACCGAACUAAGACCGGGUGUCAUACAUGCCGCUCGAGAAAGAAGAAGUGUGACGAAAACCGACCCCAUUGUCAGAACUGUUUGCGUGGAGGGUUCCCGUGUGCGGGUUACGGCCCAAAACCUGCGGGGGGACUAAAACCACUUACGGGAAGAAAUGCUCAAGCGCCUCUUCAAUCAAAGCACCACGAAAUCUAUACGCCGGUCAGUGGUCAACCAUAUGGAUUCGAUCGAGGCCUUUAUGGAGAGGGUCCGCAUCAUCCGCAACCCGUACCAGCGAGUGCAGAUCGAUACGCUUUGCCCCAGCCUAAACCCCUCGAUCCCAGUCCAUCACGCUACGCUGGACCGCAUGUACCGAUCGACCCUCGUCCGCCGUUGAAUCCCGAAGUCUGGCAUCACAGACACCCAUCGCAGCAUAGUGAGCGACGCGAAUUGCCCCCUGCUCCGUCACACUAUCCACCUCCUGAGCCAUUGCCUCCACCGCCUGCGCCUGUCUUUGGCAAUAGUUACGCUGCACCACCACCUCCGCCACCGCCCUACCGCAACUAUCCUCAUGCGCCACACGUUGAUCCGUGGCAGGCGCAGCAUCCGCACGUCUAUCCUCCCCACCCACCGAACCCACCGACUGUAAUCAGCUCGCGCGCAAGUGUGAUAUCUUCCGGAAGUGGGUCACAUAGGACUGGGUUGCCUUCUUAUUUACAGAGUUCGGCUGUCCACGCGACAGCACGAGACAAAAUGCUCCGAGGCGAGCGCUAUCCGCAUUUCGACGACCCUGCUCUACGCAGUGAGCGCAACUCGUGCCGAAAAGCGGUCGAGGCAUACAACGAGUCCUGCAAAGCCGUCAACCCCUCCUCGGACGCCGAGCAAGAGAGAAACUUCCUCGCAAUUUACGAGCCUAAAGAACGAGCUUGGGAAAUGCGAAAUUCGAGAGCAUGGGAACAUGGGCCAAAGGGCAGCGUUGGCUCGCACUCGUUGGUGGAAACCCCUUUCAACUGUGAAUUCGGUUACAACAUUCAUCUGGGCAGAGAAGUUCUUAUCCAACAGAACUGCACAAUGCAGGAUGCGAGCAUAAUCUAUAUUGGCGACCGAACGAUUGUCGGACCUAAUGUCAAGUUCUACUGCCUUACCACGAGCGUAGAUGCACAGCAGAGAAAGGGCAGCCGAGGCGAAUUCCAGGCUGGUCCCAUCAGAGUCGAAGAGGAUGUGGUCAUUCACGCGGACUGUAUCAUUUUACCUUUUAGGACGAUAGGCAAAGGUGCCGUCGUCGGUGCUGGAUCGGUGGUGACGAGGGACGUCAAGCCAUAUACUGUCGUUGCUGGAAAUCCUGCAAAACCUAUUCGAAAGCGAAAGAUCGAGUCGGGUCCGAAUGCGGAUCGACAUUGUGAUGAGAUACAAGAACAAAACGAGGCGAUGCUUAAGAAGCUGCUUGCUAAUGAAGUGAUACCCAGAGACGAUUAAUCGUUGUACGCGCAUUAUAUUAGACCUUUGUACAGGAGAAGCAUUUUCUGCGUGUGUAUGCCUUCAGGAGCUUGACGGAGGAUUGUGAGAGGGUGAGAUUCUGCUGUUUGCAGAUGGUUUCUCAGAGAAUGAUAGGCGACUGAGCUGCUAGUUCAGCUG